ACAAAAAGAGUCAUUGUGUACCACUGCAGGCCUGUUUUUUUCGGGCUUUUCGCUUGGCUAAUGUUCUGUCUAAAUGAUUUUUAUAAUGGACACCUCAGCAACAACUAAUCGUAAGUUAGGUAUAUUUAUAUUAAGUAAGUAGAAGUACCACUACCAUGAAUUCACUCCUGAUUGUACAUCAACAUAAUUGAAAUUGUGUCAUUUUUAAGUACUCCAGUCUUUGUCGGAAGCGCCGUUGUUUUUCCCGUUAUAUCAAAGGAUUCGACUCAUGACGGUGCAUGAAUAGAGGGAAGAGAAUGUCAAUGUGCUGAGAAACGAGGUCGUAAUACUGUUCGUAAGAGUCGAUGCUGGACGAGGCAGGGGAGGCUGACCACAAAAAUGCCGUUCUUUGAUCUCUUUGGCGGAAGCACGGGUAUCGCAGACGGCAACCAUGUUCACGAUGCUUCCUAUAGCGGUAGCCAUGGGCAGCACGACGCUUCGUCCUCUUCAGGGGGGAUGUUUUCUGAUCUUUUCGGCGGGGACGGCGGAGGGACAUCCAAUCGGCCUGCGCCUAUCGACGAGCAUGAGUUCAUGUCCCGCCUCGUAGAUGCACAUUACGGGUUGCCGACACAUGGAGACACCGAGAAGCAGCUUGGCACCGCGCUCUCGGCACUAUCGCAGCACAGCGAAGCCAGCAAUGAGCACGCAAUCAGCGACGGCGUGUUCAGUUUAGCAGCAAAAAAAUGGAUCUUUCGCGGACCACCGGAAAAACCUGUGGACCCGCUAGAGCCCCAGCCGUCGUUAAAGCUACCGCCAGAGCAUGAGCAAGCAGUGUUGCGACAAACAAUUCAACAAGUGCUGUCAGAAAAAGUCACCACCGCAGUAAAAGACCUAAGGAAGUUGGACAAAAUGCGUGAGAUCUUAGAAAAGCCGCAGCCCGCUGACCUUGCCUGGAAAGAGGCGAUACAGGUCUAAGAUUAUUCUUAGAUGGCAAUUCCUUGUUCUAGUCCUAGUUUCGAAAACUUUUUGCACAACCGCGCACCAAAGUUGAAGGCCGGAUGAACAUGGUUUUUAGGAUGAUGGUAGAGCUAGAAAGAGGUGUUGUUCUUAGCGGUGACAUAGGAAAAAUAAUCUGAAGAUGAAGAAAACUACACUUUAUCAGGCUCGGUUAGAGGACCUACCGGCUGGUGGCAAUCACGAACUGAGCGGCAAGAUUGAGUCCGAAGUACCAGCAGCGUCGAUAGCACACAAGGCGGGCGGGAUCCACGGCGUUGUGGGAGGCAGCCUGGACGAUGGCCUGGACGAUGGCAUGGGGGGUGCGCAACUUGUGACAAAGCAGGACCUUUUGUUGAAUCCAUUGACAGGCCAGUUGGUAGAUUCAAUCGGCGAUCACUUGAGUGCUGGACCCGGACCGGCAACCGAGAAUCUAUUCCUCUGGAAGGCUGAUGCACAUGAGUUUAAAAGUGCCGGAGCCGAAGACGCGGAGCCCUACGUGGUGGUCCGUGAUCACAAUGCGGGAUCUGGAACAACCGCGGAAACGUCAGGCUUCGCAAACGGCGGAGGCGAGAGCUCGGCUUCGUCAUCCUCCAGCGCGUUACAGUUGCUGCCGUUGCGCUCAGCACUCGCGUACGGUGAUAAUAGGGAGUUAUGGUACCGCGACGCAGCGGGACACAUCUAUACUCCGGACAAAAGCAUGGUAGUAGAUGUAGAUGCAGCGACGGGAACGGUCACACUAAAAGAGACAGGGCUGGACGGAAGCGUGCCACAAGCAGAUCAUCUGACAGGGCCACCGGAAGAAUGGAAGCUGCAAGAUGAUGGUAUCUAAACUCUAGGGACACACAACUGUUCAUAUGUUUUUGUUGUUGUUGUGAAUGUGGCGUUAAAUUCCUAUCGUUCGAGAGGCAUCGAUUAUGCUGCAGUUGUAAUGGCGAACUGUUUCAGUCUCAUAACACGUGUAAAAAUUUUCAAUUUCAUAGGUACACUUCAAUCUGGCGCGGGAAAGGAGUAUCUGCAGUUUCCCGGCACAACGACUACAUUUGUAGACACGCGGUUACUAGAUCCUAUAUCCGUGUCGUCAAACGUGCCUGAUAUACCAGAGCAUCCAGCAAGUUUCGCUGUCGACGAUAAUCCGCAUCAUUUCUGGCUAGCCCCGCACACGGUAGGUAAGCAACUCCCCUUAGCCAGUGGUGCACACGGUAGCUACCAACACGGCCACCCCUACCUAGUCGUGGAUGCGGGGGGGCCGAAAUAUAUUGAGAAUAUGCAACUCGAGUUCACAGAUCCGCCAAGAGAAUUUUUAGUUUCCGGCAGCGCAGACAACGGGCACAGCUGGCAAAAAAUAUUCGGCACCGAUCUCAACGCAGCGUAUUCUCGUCUCAACUACAUACAUUUACAUUCAUUGUUAAUGAGCCAGAAAUGUAUGUGCUAUGUACUGAGUCUGACCGUGGUACGCAGGUCUGGUGAAAAAUAUGCUCUGAGUGCAGAGUUGUAGCAAUUCGAUUUGCUCUGGAUCACUUGUAGAGGGUGCGUGGAGAAAUAACUUGUAGAGCUCCUGUCAUGAUUACGAUCGAAAUUUCGACUUCAUCCUCUGUGCGUUCAGGUACAACGUUUCGGUUCCAGUGUUGGGUAAGUUUUCCCAUCUGAAAGUGACGUUUCUAGAGCCCCUGCGUACGACACCGCUGAUCACGGACGGACAGUUUGGAGUGAGACACGUAGACUUGUACGGAAAACAGAGCGACCCACCGUUCGUUGGUGGAUAUCCAAUUUUUGGUCCGAUAGGACACUACCAGUUCGAGCAUCUGCGGGGUCCUCUCCCAGACGUGCACAAAGUAGAUCGGUUGCUGGAGUUAGGGCGGCAACUGGACGUCGCGACGAGCAAGCUCUCACUCGCAGAAGAGCGGUACGACGCAACACUAGACCAGACGGAGACGCCCGGCAGUGUGUUUCUGGGAUCGAGCAGUCUUGCAGGUGCCGGUAGCCGACUUGGCGGCGGUCUUUCCAGCUUACUCGGCGGCGGCGCUUCGGCAGAAGACUAUUCGAAUGGGAAUCAGCACGACGGCGGCCCAGGAGGCGAGUUUCUCGGGUAUGGGUCACCAUUUAGUGCUUUUGGGCGCGGCGGAGUUGCCGGUGGUGAGUCGGCAGCCGAAGCGGCGACACUGGCAGGAAAAGCAACAAGCUUGCCGGCUGAAGCUGGCGCAUUUGCCUGGAGAACGCUCGAGAUGAGCUCAAGCGCGCUGUUGGCCGGUUUUGUCUUCAUAACAAGUUUUCUCCCCAACUCAAUUCAGAGCGGCAGCUGUGUGGGUGAAAGUGGCGAUAGAACACAAUCCGGUGCUGCUCUUGAGGGUGGAAAUGACAUUCUACUGGCAGACCAGCGGGGUGGUUCGUCGUUUUCAAGUGUGCGAUUAAGUGGUGGGGCACGCGUAUCCGCGGGACACAUAUUUCUCUGACUGUGGGAAAACAUAAGCAAUAAGUUUUCCUGCUUGCAGUCGAUACACAGAUUGAUAAGUAUAAUAUGAGAAAGUAGAUGAAGAUCUAGAUUGAUAGCUCUUAGUUCUUAUUAACGAAAUUGACACUGUUCUUUGGACAUAAUGAUACGCCUAAGCUGAUGUCAUACAUUGGGAUAGUGCCAUUAUAUGGACACGAAAGCGCAUUCGUACCGAGUUGAAAUGAUUUCUUGGUUAAAUCACAUCAUGUCAAUACUCUACACUUAUUCACGCAGUCGCAUUGUUGAUCCGAUUUUGUCAUGCUAAUCUUGCGUAUUCUUUUCCAUGGUUAUUUCGAAGUAUCAGUUCCCAUUGCUAGAUAGUAGAAGGUCUUUUUUUAUCAUUUACACCCUUAUUUACUUAAGCAUAACCUAAUAAAGUCGAUGGGAUGAUUCUCCCCACCGCAGAAUAAUUUUCUUCAAAGUAAGGAAGACCAAAAAUGCAGGCAGAUUGAAUAAAUUUUCAUCCUUUUAAAACCAGUGGGUGUCUUUGUUCAGACACCCGCAGCCUCUCCUAGCGCGUUUCAGGGCACGCGACGCAACGCUCUCAUGAUUGCUUUUAUCGGGAGCUUUUUUUCGCUGGCUCUGUACGCACACCAACCAUCCACGAACUGCCCGUAUGUGGACUGGGUGAUACGCGAACGGGGAUACUUCGUUGAGUCGCACUAGUAGAUAUCCGAGGUCGAGAUGUUCUUCAUGUUGAAUGUUUUCCUUUGCAGUCUGUGCAUUUCUGCGUAAAGCACGAUGAAUUCUUCGUUUUCAUACCUACGCACCAUUGGUACUGUUGAGGCAGCAACUUUUCUGGACGAUAACUAUGAUUUCCAGUGAAGGUGCUAGUCCUUCUUGUCAAACCCGGUGAUAUAUCCUUUAUCUGGAUAGAACACGCUACGAUGACAUAGACGUCGCAUGUUGAUGUCGCGCUUUCGGGCAAAUUUUGCAUGCAGUACUCGAACGGAUUUUCGAUACUGGGAUUCGUCUCAGCCCUGUUUUUCUUGUGUC